AUGGAUCAACAUGUAACUACUGGAGCGUUUGUUCCAACAACAGAUCGGUUUACUGUAGAUGUUUUGAACACCAGUGAGAUUGAAAAGGUCAUGACUAAGUGGAUUAAAGAUGUAAGAAUCACCGACCCAAUCACAGAAAGAAACAAUGAAGACAGAAACAUGGAUAGAGGUCUUUUGAUUUCUGUUCACCUUCGAAAAAUAAUCGAAAUAAUUGAAGAAAAAACAACCACCAGAAACAUAAUUGCUUCUUUUAAAAGAGGAGGAGUUGUUAUACGAAUGAUCGACAAUAGAAUGAGAAUUUAUAUCAGUAUUAACGAUGCACAAGUUUUCAUGAACGAGUAUCACAUCAGACUCAAUAGAGAACAAUGUAUAAAAUUGACUCCUCCACAAGAUCAAAUCCAAACGACUACUGCUUUGCAAAUUACUGACCGUGAUGUUCAACUUCUCAUAGAACAAUUUAAAGCACCAUCGAGUAAUUUCAACAACUCGAGACUCGAACUUAUUGACACCGAAAGACGCGAUUUUGUUGAUAUCGUUCAUCAACAUCAACCCUUUGGCACAGUGACAUCUUCUUUGGCACCAGGCCAACUUGAUAUUGAGUAUACAACUGUUAUUCAAAAUCAAGAAAAUACAAACCAUGAAAUUUCUCCUGAAGUUGGUCAAAGACUCGAAACCCGCACAUUGAGGCGCCCAACAAAGACAGAUAGGCAAAUCCUAGCCAUGCCUAUGUUUGACUCUAAUGGGAUUAGACGUCCCUUCACAAAUGAAGAGUACGCCGAAUACGAGGAACAACAAAUUGUUGAUUUUGAACCUUAA